CUCUCUCCCUAGGACAGUCAGCGACCAGUCGGCAGAGGGAGAAGAAGGCGGGGUGGACGAGUAGGGAGCGACGGUAGUGUGGAGGGAGGCUGCUGCUUUCGGAGGGUUUCCGUGCCGCGCGCAGCCACACCGGCCACUGCGACGGCCGCGGCGGAACGAACGCGUUCGUUCCGUGUUCCGUUCCGCAUCCCGUUUUCUCAUCCCGCUUCGCUCGCGAGGAUGCGAGGAAGCCCGCCCGAGCGAAGUGUCGCGAGUUCCGGUGCGCCGAGCUCGGCGAUUAAUUGUUAACGAGGGUGAGUCGAUAGCUCCCGCCCCGAGAGAGAGAGAGGAGAGCUCUCACGUGACACGUCGGGGGUGCGAACUGUCUGACAGUAGUACAUCGAGCGUCUGCUACUACUGCCGUAGUUGCUUGUUGUGACUGUGGCAGCGACGGCGGUGACGGCGACAGGGGUGGUGGCGCCGGGGGUUGAUGGUGGAAGUGGUUGUGGUGGUGACGACGAAGACGAGGAGAACGCUGCUGCUGCUGCUGUUUGGAGUUACGUUGCGCCCCUGCGCUCUGUUCGGCGGCGAGAGGGAAGGAAAGUGGUCCUCGAGGUUACGAGGCCAGGGGAGAAAGUGGGUGUUGCCGGAGCGGCGGCAGGAUCGCCCGGGUUUUGCGGAACGUCGCCGGAAGUCCGGAGUGCUUCGAGUAAGAAGGUGGAAGGACGGAAAGGGAGGAUGAUGCUCGUCGGUCGUCGACGUCGGCCUCUAGCUGCCGAGUUUCUCGUCUAUCAGGACUUCUGGCGCUGAAAUCCCUCCUCAGGAUGGCAGGAACGAGUCUAGAGAUUCGGCAAGGCCCUAAAGAUUUUCUGCUCGCAAGUCACCGUCGUGUUGAGCGAGAUUGCUGGUCUUCGUGCGAUUAGUGGCUGUAUCAGGGGUAGCGCGGGACGGGGGUGGUUCUUUCCAUCGCGAGGAUCGAAAUGAGCGAUCUACAGGCCACCCUCGAGUUCUCUCUCGAGCUCUGCAAAUUCUACAAUGUUGACCUCUUCCAACGCGGGUACUAUCAGAUCCGAACUGCUCUCCGAGUAUCGCCGAAGCUGCCGGUCAAGGUGGAAGUCAACCAACCGCGAAAUCAUUCCCUCGAGGCGCCGGGCACGAGUAAGCGUUUUCAGAUCCUGUACAGGAACGAGGAGGUGACACUCGGCACUUCCGUCCUGUUCCGAGCGCAUGUGCUCGUACACAGUCACAAGAUCGAGGAAGCUCUGUCCCGAACCCACUUCAAUCUAGGUGUCGAGCUAUGGUUCAGCGAGCCGACGCAGCCGGGCAACAUGGCUUGCGUGUCCUCGAGGGCACUGCAACUGAACUUCACACCUACGAAGGGUCUUCACUACCAUCUGCCGGUGCUCUUCGAUUACUUUCACCUAGCCGCGGUGUCUAUCACGAUCCACGCCUGUCUCGUGGCACUCCAUCAGCCGUACAUCAAGAAGAGCAUACUGCACGUAGUGCAGAGCUGCGCACCGCGAGGCGGAAAACCCUGGCUGCAGUUUAAGCAACCCGCAGCGAACGGUGACAACAACUCGACCACCUUUGGAAAUAUUGAGACCACCACGAGGUGCGUCGGGUCGGGAACGAGGAUACAACACGCGAGACUGGUCCAGCAAGAGGUCACGAGGCUGCUUCUGGCCGCGAGGGAAUCUUUGCUCAACGACUUGUCUGAUUUAGCGCGACUCCUCCCUUCCUGGCAACAAAGGGCGCUCGAGCUCGCGCAGAACACGCACAAGGAGAUCACGAAGGUUCGUCUCUUCUUCAAGCUUUCCGUUUGUCGACACGUUCCUCAAAACUAUGGUCUUUCGCAGUUGAUGGACACCGAGGAGGCCGACAUAGCCCAACUCUGCGCACAAAAUAUCGUCCUUUGGCAGCAUUUUCUGGAAGCGUUCUCCGGCCGAGAAGCGGUUCAUCAGCAUUUAGCACGAGUUCAUCAUCAAUUGAGAGUAAAGCGAUUCGCGGAGGGUUUCUUCGUAUUAGAAAAUCCGAGAACGUCGGCAGCGGGCUGUUACGACGCGAAUUAUCAGUCUUAUCAAGCGGUGAGCGAGGCUGCUCGGAGAUCGCGUUAUCUCGCAUCUCUGCCACCGUUACCUGUCCAUUGUCCGGAGCUGGACGGCGAUCUUCACUCGUUGCCUUUGAUCUUCGAGGAUCAGUACGCCGACAUGCAGCAGAGGCACAGAAACAGCGUUCCUAGCAUGGACGACUGCAGUUGCGGAAUAGCGGCGAUCCUGGAGUCGCGCUCCAUAGGCAUCUGGUCGCCCAGGAGCGAAGGCGCGGCGCAGGACAUCGGAUCGAUCCAGGCCCGCCUGAUGCUGACGCCUUCCACGCUUCCGGCGAGGCACAGCAAGUCCCUCGAUCAGCUGGGUCCCGAGCUGGUGACUCCCCUACAGCCGAGAACGUCGCCCAAGACUCUCCCCAGGUCCGUGUCGACCCAACUAUUUCCACGUGGGCAACGUGGCGGCGGUCGCAACGUCACGCCGCCCGCGACGGUGCCCUCAAGAGGGAGGCCCAGAUCGACAGUGCCGUCCAGUAGCACCCUCUUCCCGCCCUCGGGUCAGCAAGCCUGUUCCGCGCCGAAUCCAUCCCUCGGUUCCACGCCAGUGAUCCCUCUCCCUCGCGCCAAGUCCACGCAGAUGCUGGUGCAGCAACACCAGCAGUCCGAUCAUCAUUCCACUUCCAUCACCUCGUUGCUCGCGGCGAUGUUUCCCGAGUUGCCGCCCGGCGGACACCUGCCCGGUUAUCGACCGUCGUCCAAAUCCUGCGAGCAGAAUCUCGCGGUGCCGACCUGCCUGGGCGCCCUGGACCUCAGUCAGUUGCCCGAUCGCUUGGAAAAUAAAUCGUCGAAUAUGGUUGAAGAUUAUCAUUCCCUCGAUACCAGAAGAAUACGACUGGAGCCGCGAAGUCAUCGCCUGGGAACGCGCCAACCGUUGCCAACGACCACAAACGACCAAAGUAGCUUUCUAUCCAAGGCGAACGUCAACGGCGACAGCUUCUUGCAGGAGGCCCAACCAUUGCAUACAGCGACGUUGGACAGGGUCACUUAUCGAGGAAACUCGAGAAAGACUGGGCAUCAAACAGGCGGCAAGUAUAGUCAAACGAACGGUAUCGAGAGCCGCAGGUAUCACACCCUUGGCAAGACGUCGAUGACGCACAGGAAUCGCCCGGAGAUCCCGGAGUCCAUGAAUGGCAACAUGCUGACCAGCAGCUAUUCGCACCUCGCGGAUCCGCCGAACAAACGAUCGAAUUUUUACGCGACCACAGACUCGUUCUUCUAUCGUACAAAUGGCAGCACCAGCGGAAGAGCGCGCGACGAGAAGCCGAAGAGGCCGAAGAGCACGGAACGGCUGAUCGAUGACGUGGAGCGCAACGAAUGCUGCGACUUCCGGAGGGAUCGACCGACCCGUAGAAGAGCCGAUCGAUCGGCCAAGUCGUCUCGCAAUGGCGUAGGCCAGAAUUACAGCGAGGAGAAGCAACGACGCGAGAAGAAGGGCACGGAGACCUCUCAGGAGCCAAUCUACGAAGUGAUAGCCACGAAACCGGAACCGAAGAGAGAGUCUCGCGUCGAGAGAAGGAGAGACAAGCACGGCAGGCGACCGCACUCGGCGCCCGUCCUCGAUACGGAUCACCCGGAAGAGAGCGGUCGGAAAAAUGAGAAGAAGUGCAGUCACAAAAACAGAAAGCCGGCACCGCCACCACCGGCGUAUCAGGAUCCCGCUGUCGCCCCGUUGCCCAAGUACCGUCAUCCUCCUUCGGCACCUGCGACGAGUGUCCUCGAGGUAGAGAACAACAAUAAAAUUAUCCUGAAGAUGGAACCCAUAAAAUCGCCCAUGGAGGCGCCGACGACGAACGGCACGACACCGUCGGACACGUCGACGAGUGUCGGAGUUCCAGCGCCAAACGCGAAGAGGCUGCGAUGCGCCAGCGUGCCGGUGGCUCAAAACAAGGUGGUGGUGCCACGCAGCGCGGUCUCUCUACCCUGCAUGCCGAUACGGGACAGCAAGGACAGCCUGAGCAACAAUCUGCCGGUCAUUCCCAAUCUCCUGAGUCCGCCGUCCACCAGACCCAGCAGUCCCACGCCCAGCUCGAGCUCCAGCAACCUCACGUCCGAGUGUUCGGGCUGGGUCAGCAGCGGCGACACCUCCAGCUCGGAGCAGCGUCGCAAUCAGGCCAAGCUGACGAGCGAGCAGUUGCGGCAGAAGCUGUCCAAGAUCGUGCCACGCAAGGAUCGUCCUACCAUCACCGCGAAGGACAGCGUGGAGGAGCACUCGUACGAGGAAGUGCGGCUGCCACCGCCCAAGAUGUUUCAGGACGAGCCGCCGCCACCCGAGGAGUUUCGGGAUCCUCCGGCGCCGAUCGACAAUCCUCUCUACCACGUGUACGAGACGGUGAAGCAGACCAGGAGUCCGAAGCAGAACAAGACGGCACCCUGCAGCCCGCAACGGAACCGGGACAGCGUCUACGGCGCCAGGGACAUCUGCCUAGACUGUUAUCAGGAGGGCAAAGAGCUGCUGCAGUCCACGCAGGACGACUUCAUCAACUUUAAGAAGUGCAAGGAGGAGUUCAAGCGACAGAUGAGCUUCUCGGGGAAGAUCUACAGAGAGCGCGAGGAAGCACAGUUGCAUUUGCAUAAACGAGCCCAAUCCCUCGGAUACGGUGACUUCCUCAACUCCUCGCCGUCGGUUCAAUCAUUAAGAUCGAAUGUGCCUCUUAGUGAUUAUCCGACCCUGGCCUCGACCCUGCCGUACUUCCACAUCAGCGACGAGUAUCGGCUAUUCUCGCCGGAGGGUGCGCAUCUCAUCAUAUGCGUCCACGGCCUCGAUGGAAACGCUGCCGAUCUUCGUCUCGUCAAGACGUAUUUGGAAUUGGGUCUGCCCGGGGCACACUUGGACUUCCUCAUGUCCGAAAGAAAUCAGGGCGACACCUUCUCCGAUUUCGAGACGAUGACCGACCGCUUGGUGGCCGAAAUCCUCUAUCACAUUGAAUCGUCGGGUCUGAAUCCGACGAAGGUGAGCUUCAUCGGGCACUCCCUUGGGACCAUAAUCAUCCGUAGCGCCCUGACGCGACCGCAGCUGCGGCCGCUUCUGCCUCGUUUGCAUACUUUCCUCAGCUUGAGCGGACCCCAUCUAGGCACUCUGUACAACACGAGCGGUUUGGUGAACGCGGGCAUGUGGUUCAUGCAAAAGUGGAAGAAAUCCGGAUCGCUGCUGCAACUGGCCAUGAAGGAUUCGCCGGACGUGAGGCGCUCCUUCAUGUUCCGUCUGAGCCAGAAGAGCAAUCUACAAAAGUUCAAACAUGUUUUGCUGUGCGGCAGCGCCCAGGAUCGAUACGUGCCCCUGCAUUCCGCUCGAAUCGAGCUCUGCAAGGCUGCAGUUCGAGAUCCAACGGAUCAAGGUGCCGCGUAUCGCGAGAUGGUGCACAACAUCCUGUACCCCAUCAUGUCAGCGCCCGGUGUCAGUCUCGUUAGAUACGACGUGCAUCAUGCUUUGCCACCGACAGCGAACGCCCUGAUUGGCCGUGCCGCGCAUAUCGCCGUCCUCGAUUCCGAGCUUUUUAUCGAAAAGUUCAUGCUGGUGGCGGGACUGAAGUACUUCAGAUAAGGAAAGGACUGUUUAGCGCACGAAGGGAAAAAAAUUAAUUAAACUGUAGGCUUAUAUCGAAAAAAGGUACGCUUGGACACGCGGUAUUCGUCCGUUCUCCGCGACGUCUUCGACGAUCCCGUAAUUAGUGUAACUUAUAGACAUCCGGAAUAGAGAGUGUUGCCUCGUUUCUUCCUUCAUCGUUCAAGCGCUCUUCCGCGGAAACGAUUUCGGAGCGAGGCAAUCUUUUUUUACACGAAACGCGACCCGCGUCGUUGUCGAAUUUUAGUAUCAAUCGCCGUAUUAGGUUCUCAUCUUGAUAUCGAUCACAGAUAUCGCGGAUAAACAGUCGAAUUCAGAUUCUUCUCGCAAUGGGAAGAGUUCAUCGAGAGUUCGAAGAAUCGAAGGUACUCGUAGCUCGCCGUGAAACGGACCUAUUCUGCAGUGUGGUAGUGACGAUGGUAUUAGAUAAUAGAUAGUAGCUCUUCGACCAAGAGGGAAGAGGAGAUCAAAGAAAAAGAUGUAGAAAAGAUGCUAAUGAAAAUUAAGUAUAUGUAUGGGAAACUCUAACGCGUCACUAGUCGAAUGAUCGAAAUCUCCACCAAUCUCGAAGAGAUCGGAACGAGAAUUGCGAUGGAGCGCGUUUGACGGCCUAGUAAACCGGAGCAACACAGUACGAUCACAUCGGCUUCGUCAACAUCAUUCUGAGAAAUAGAUCGCGAAAGGAAGGAAUUAUUCGUACAAUUGCGACAGUCGAGAAUUCGAAGUAUCGUACUUGAAAAAAAAAAAACUAUAAGACUCUCUGGUCUUCAACCAGCGUGAGCUCUACGACG